AGCCAGAGACAGUCACUGCCUGAUCAAGAUGGCGCGUCGAGUAUGAGAAGAGCUCGUGAUCCUGCUCGACGUGGGCAAGAGCUUGCGACUACCUCGGCGCACCUUAGACGAGAAGAGCGCAUACAUGCUCAAGUCUUGGCCGGGCGUAUUUGCAUGCAGCUGCAGCCACUGCCUUGCAAAUGCGAUGCUCGUCACCGGGAGCGGACCCCCAUACGACAUUACACCAGCAAGGUGGCGAUCGCAAGCAUACAGAUCCCGCGAAGCCCCUUCAUCUAUAUAUGACGAUACCGCGGCCAAGGCGGCGGCUUCGCACGACCGGGUCUACACGGCCCAGGGGCCGCCUACGUGUAGGUACCCACCCUUCAGCAAUCACCACUUACUCACGUCGGCAAUGCUAUGAGCCCUCAGCUUCGUGAUAGUAGAUGUGGUGUCGAUG